AGAGAAGGCGACUCGAACUAUAUCGCUUCAUUCCGAGUUAAAGUGUUAGUUAUGGUAGCGAAUUCUCCUUCUCCUCUACCAGAGAGAGCCAUCUAUGGCUUCGUGCUUUUUCUGGCAUCUCACUUUGGAUUCUUGUUAUAUUUAGUUUGGGCUUUUGUACCCGAGGUUUGGCUUCAUUCUGUUGGAUUGACUUACUGGCCUCAGAAAUAUUGGGCUUUGGCCACUCCCAUAUACCUGCUGGUUACUAUAGUAACAUGUUAUGUGAUGCUAUUUGGAGUGAAUUUGAUGAACACAGCUGCGCUGGAAUCAGUAGAUAACAUCACAGACCACUUUGCUGACAGCCAGCGAGUCGAGGAGCAUCAAGAUGAAGCGAUUCCCCGACUCCAAGAUCUCUCUAUCAGUGAAUUAAACCAUGUGUUUUACCUCCAUCAUCACGAGGGCGAUCGCGUUGUUUGAUUGUGUCUGGUGUUUCUCAUGUGGCCAGUUUGCGAUGUUGCAUUCUGUGGUGGCUGCUGAAGACGUGUGGCGUUUGCUCAGGGUUUAGAAGAUCGCAUCCAUCAGCUUCCCUCUGACAUUUGACUUUCAGAUGAACCCUAGCGUUGGAUCAGGAGCACCCCAAGCCCUCGGACCUAACCACUGAAAGAGUAAAUCAGUAAAGCACUUGUGAAUCUUUAUUGUAUCAUUAACUUGUCAUACUCUCUAUCUGUAUGUUGACCAUUGACGUGGCAGAGACCUAGAAGCUCUUACGCUCCUGAAAGAUUUAAGGACUGUUUGAUGUUUGGGUUGUGAAUACUGCUGUGAAUUUAAAGCAACUAAAUCAAAAUGAUUAAAACAUGCGCCUAAAACAUUAA